GCUAACUGACCGGGGAACAGAUCGCAUUCUUCCUCCGUCGAAACAGCCGCAUCAUGAACAGGUUCAUGGACAUCUGACUGGACUGUUCAAUCCAAGAAAGCGUCAACUCAAGGCCCGGUAUCAUUUUCAUUUAACCGUUAUCCAUGAGAUUCUUCAGGCUUACCUUCAAGUGCUUCGUCGACUGCUUUUGAAUCUCCUUUGUCAACGGCUGAACUGACCGCGGCGCCUAGUGAAAUUGUCCAUCUCUCAGCUGAGGGGUCCUAACCUGUGUUAAUCACAAAAACUGCGAUUUUUGAUGUUCAAUAAGGUGAAAUAACAAACUCAGUAAAUCAAAAAGACAACCAGGGCACUGCGUACCAAGGCUGCAUCUCCCUGUGCCUCUGUGACACCAACGGGGUCCCUGUUAGCCAGGCGCAUUUAUCAAACUUCACCAGCCCCUGGCUCUAACAUCAGCUUAAAAAGAAGAAGAGAUCUAUUUUUGUGUCGAUACCGAAUAACAUGUCACCAGAGUUAGAGGAGAACAGCCAAGGUGAAAUAAGUCUCCCCCAAUUGGAGGCAGGGACCCUCUCCGAGGAGGAGGGCGGGGGGUCAGCUCGCCCCCUGGUGUCUGUGUCCGGAGCUGACCCAGGGUGUGGUGAGGGCGGAGGAGCUGGCCCAUUGCAUACGCAGGAUGGGUCUGGGACUGGAAAUGGGGCUGUAGCAGUACCAUUUCCGGAGAGAGAAACAUGGACCAGACAGAUGGACUUCAUCAUGUCCUGCGUGGGUUUUGCCGUCGGCUUGGGCAACGUGUGGCGGUUCCCUUACCUCUGCUACAAGAACGGAGGAGGGGUUUUCCUGAUCCCUUACUUGCUGAUAGUGUUCAUCGGAGGGAUCCCAGUCUUCUUCCUGGAGAUAGCACUGGGACAAUUCAUGAAGCAGGGAGGGGUCUCUGCCUGGAACAUCGCACCCCUCUUCAAAGGUUUGGGCUUGGCCUCGAUGGUGAUCGUGUUCUUCUGUAACACCUACUACAUCAUGAUUCUCGUGUGGGGCCUCUACUUUCUCUUCCACUCCUUCACCAACGAGCUGCCCUGGGCCACUUGUGGACACCCCUGGAACACCCCCAACUGUACACAGGACUUUCGCCGCUCCUGCUACAACCGCAGUGUCGCGCAGCAGGCUCUGUCCUCAUCUUCUGCCAACCUCCUCUCCUCCACCCCCCUGUUGAACCUGUCCACAGCCCAGCUCCUCCUCAGUGGAAACUGCACGGAUACUGAGGGCAUGCGCUCGCCAGUCAUCGAGUUCUGGGAACGUAAAGUGCUCCGUCUUUCUGGUGGGCUGGACGAGCCUGGUGACAUCAGCUAUGAAUUGGUGCUUUGUCUCAUAGUCACCUGGAUCAUUGUUUACUUCUGCAUGUGGAAAGGAGUUAAAUCUACUGGCAAGGUUGUUUACUUCACAGCUCUGUUCCCCUACCUGGUUCUGGUCGUACUUUUGGCCCACGGAGUCACUCUACCUGGAGCUUUAGAUGGGAUUGUUUACUACCUUAAACCAGACUGGUCCAAACUUGGAGAAGCCCAGGUGUGGAUUGAUGCAGGCACUCAGAUUUUCUUCUCCUAUGCCAUCGGCCUGGGUGCCCUGACUGCGCUGGGCAGCUACAAUCGCUUCCAUAACAACUGUUACCAGGAUGCCUUCUUGCUGGCCAUGAUAAACAGUGGUACGAGUUUCUUUGCUGGCUUUGUGGUGUUUUCUGUGCUGGGCUUCAUGGCCGCAGAGCAAGGAGUGGACAUCAGUAAAGUAGCUGAGAGUGGUCCAGGCCUGGCGUUUAUAGCCUACCCCAAGGCUGUCACUCUAAUGCCUCUGGCGCCAGUUUGGGCGGCACUUUUCUUCUUUAUGUUGCUAGUACUGGGCUUGGACAGCCAGUUUGUAGGGGUAGAGGGUUUGAUCACGGGAAUUAUGGACAUGCUACCGCCUAAAUCUGCCAUGGGCUCCCUGCGGCGAGAGGUGGUAGCGGCCAUCUGCUGCGUCAUCUGCUUCUUGAUCGACAUAUCCAUGGUCACUGAGGGAGGGAUGUAUGUCUUCCAGCUGUUUGACUACUACUCUGCCAGUGGCAUCACUCUGCUGUGGCAGGCCUUCUGGGAGUGUGUGGUGAUUGCUUGGGUCUAUGGCGCGGACCGUUUCAUGGAUGACGUGGCUCGUAUGAUCGGCUAUCAGCCCCUCCCCUACAUGAAGUGGUGCUGGUCCUACAUCACACCUUUAGUCUGUGUGUCAGUGUUCAUUUUCCAUGUGGUGAACUACAAACCCCUUACCUACAACACAGUGUACACCUACCCCCUGUGGGGCGAAGUGCUUGGCUGGAUAUUGGCCCUUUCCUCAAUGCUCUGUAUCCCGGUCACCGUUCUCUACAAACUACUGCGCUGCAAAGGAUCUUUUCGGGAGCGCUGGAAGCACCUAACUACACCCGUUUGGGGCCGACAUCACAUGGAGUACAUGGCCCCAGAGAGCGGGGCCAAACUGCUGCCCCCUGCAGGAACAAAGAGCACGCUUCUCUUUGAAAGUGUCAUCUGAUGAGCUGAGUCCCGCUGAACACAGAGCCAUGGUCGCCCUUGACGUCAGCACACACCAUCUACACAAAAUACAUGCACACCACACAGGCCUGGUAAGAGCAAAGUGCAGAUUGGUUACACAUCCUCCACAGUUUGAAACCUGAAUGGAGAAGCCCUGGACAAAUCGACCAAAGAUUAGAUGGGAGAAGAACCGAAACACACCCACACCCAUACAGUCAUCACCACUGAAACACGCCCUGCUCUGCUUUCUGACUCUACCUCGCUGACUCUCCCCGCUCUUUCUGCUCCCGCCUCUGUGCUGUCCCGUCUCGUCUUGUUCUGUAAGUGUGAUGUGUCCAGUGUAGCUGCGAUAUCUUCCCUUUCUGUCCCUGUCUGUCAUCCGUCCCCGUGUCAUGCCAUUUUGUGAUGAGCAGAGACCUAACAAUACUUUAAAAACAUUCUAAUCGAAAGAUCUACUGCUGAUAUGCCAUGGUCUGUAUGUGUGUGUGUGUUCGGUGUGUUCGGGCGUGUGUUGGACCGUGGCAGGCGUGUCUUGAUUUACAUUGGACAUUGUCUUUGGCCAAAGUUUGCUGCCAACUUUAUUUCCCUCAAGUAACUGUUAAAGAACAGCUUCCAUUUGUAAAAAAAGAAAAGAAAAUUAUAGUUAUCAAAAAGAGACCAUCACCACUUCCAGCUAUGUGUUAUGAGCUAACUUAAGUAUCCAGUGUAUUGUAGGGUCUGUGAAUCAGUGUUAACAAUAUUUCGAGGGGAUGAUUAUCAGUAAUUCCACCUUAAGAGAAGGAGAUAAACUUAAACCUGAAUUGUGCAGAGAGCAGGAGAAUGUGUUGUGGGGAGGGGAAAGAGCCUUGAUGUGAGGAAGGGAGCAAUAAAUGACCAGAUAAAGACGGA